CCCUUCCCCGCGGUUCAGAAAAAAAAACAGCACUGUUCGCCAAUCUGGAAAAAGGAAUGGAGCUUUUCUCUCUCUCCCGGAGCUACGAACGCAUUCACUUCUAGCAACAUCGCUGCGCUCUCGCAAAGUAAUAAACAUCUGUAUUCAUCACUGAACCUGCUGGAGACAUUUUUUCCCCCGAUUCUGUUUCUCCCAGGGCUGCAGCCAGUGGACCUUUUUCCACCGGGAGGACAGGUGUCACCUGCUCAGGUGGUGAGUUUUCGGGGGGAAGUUCAACUGCGCUAACAGCGCGCUCUCCAGGAUGAACUGGGCCUUCCUCCAGGGCCUCCUCAGCGGGGUCAACAAGUACUCGACGGCGUUCGGGCGGGUGUGGCUGUCCAUCGUCUUCCUGUUCCGGGUGAUGGUGUUCGUGGUGGCGGCGGAGAAGGUGUGGGGGGACGAGCAGAAGGACUUCAAGUGCAACACGGCACAGCCGGGCUGCCACAACGUCUGCUACGACCACUUCUUCCCCGUGUCCCACGUGCGGUUGUGGGCGCUGCAGCUCAUCUUCGUCACCUGCCCGUCGCUGCUGGUGGUGAUGCACGUGUCGUACCGCGAGGAGCGCGAGAAGAAGAACCAGCUGAAGAACGGCGAGGGCUGCCGCCGGCUCUACCAGAACACGGGCAAGAAGCGCGGCGGCCUGUGGUGGACCUACGUCCUCACGCUGGUCUUCAAGAUGGUGGUGGACGCCGUCUUCGUCUAUCUCCUCUACUACAUCUACGAGGGCUACGACUUCCCGUCGCUGGUCAAGUGCACGCAGGUGCCCUGCCCCAACACGGUGGACUGCUUCAUCUCCAGGCCCACGGAGAAGCGCAUCUUCACGCUCUUCAUGGUGGUCACCAGCCUGGUCUGCAUCCUGCUCACCUUCUUCGAGAUCGUCUACCUGGUGGGCAAGCGCUGUCGGGAGUGCUUCUCCUCCCUCGGGCACUCCCGCCACCUGGUGCCCGUCCACACCUCGCUGGUCAACGGCAAAGACGGCCUCUCCGUGGUGGAGACCCGGUCCGUCAAACUGAGUAACCACGACAACAACCGGGGCAAGGCUCCACCCUACAGCGAUGUCCAGUUCGCGUCGACUCUGUGUAAGGAAUUUGAACGCAAUGGAGGCCUGUGAUAUCUGAAUUAAUUCAGUGAUUACUGCCACUACUACGACUAUUAAUUAGCACCCUGAAUUAGAUACCAGACUGUGGGACCCCUCUAUGCACUAGAACAGGACAGGCCACCCAGCUGCCCCAAGGUCUGUUUAGAUGUGUUUAUCCUUUAAGAACAAAAAUGUGUUGGUGUUUCAGCUUCAGAAGAGGGUGCACGCUUGCCUGUUUCCAUUGACUACCUGAAUUGACUGAAUUGUAUUGAAAUGGACCACAGCUGUGGUUUUCACCCAUCUAAAAGGCCCACGUUUUGUGUGAAGGGUAAAAAAUGUAUAUAUGACAGCGCAGAGUGAGCGUUUACAUUUAUGCCGUCUGGAUUUACAUUCUUUUUGAAUAGGCUCAGAGCUGGGCAUCCCCCCAGCCACAAGCCCCGCUCAAAAACAAGGAUUAACUGCUGCUCCCAACCUGCAGACUGGUCAUUUAUCUACGGUGUUUUACGGGAAGUGUGUUCGGAUAGAGCGAGCAAGAUCGCAGAAAACUGCAGCUGCAGGAAGAACUCGUUUCGGAACUUGUCACAGAUCCAAAACUUUGCCUCUACCCGAAAAACACAUACAAGGAGGCAACCCUAACCCCUAGCCCUUUACCCUAUCGUUUUAUCUCUGUAUCUUAAACCAAAUGUACCGUCGAUGAAAAUCGGCUUGCGUAAAAAAACCAAAAAUAAGGGCCGCUUCGUUUGCGCAGUCCUGCUCGUGAGCGGCGGGGGUGUCGAGUUUCGGCUGAACGGGUGCGGAGCCGGAGCAGAGCUGGCUGUGCCGUGCGUGCGGCGGCGUUUGGGUGCGGCCUGGGCCCGCCGGCGCGCUGCCCGAGGCGACCGUCCGCCUCAGACAGUUUAAGGGCGGGUCGCUUCGUGCGUCAUCGCUCUACAGCUACAGGAAAACGCGCUCGAACCUUUCAUUUUGGCCUGGUUUGGCCUGCUCCGAUCUCCUAUGCUCUUGUUAAUUUUAUUGUUUUUUUAAAGUACUGGUCUAUGUUUUGAAACACUGCACAGUCUUCUUUGUUGUUGGUGGCCACUCUGUUUUCUUCAGUUUUGAUGUUUAAAUGUUUUUACUUGAGUUCAGAGUUUAAAGCUACUCUGUGAACAAACACUGCCCUUGCUCAUUUACUUAAGUGUACGUUUAUGCUAUUACUACAGAACUGUCUAUUAAUUCCUGUGUUUACAGUGUGUUCCCAUCUGUACGAUGUUCAUUUUGUUUGCAGUUUUAUACAAACAAACCUCAUGCAUGCCAUGAUUUGAAACAAAUGCAACAAGUAAAUAAAUAAAAAUGUAUUUUUCAUA